AUGCAGUUCAUCAUCUGCAGCCUGUGCACAGCCUCAGCACCUGCCAUGUCCUGCCCACCACAACCUUGGAGUCUGGGAAUGGGCACUGUUUGGAUGCUGUGCACCAGCCCUGCUCUACUCUCAGUACAGAAAGUCACAGACAAACAUGAAUGGAUAACAACAGAAAAUGGUAUUGGAACAGUGGGAAUCAGCAAUUUUUCACAGGAAACUUUGGGAGAUGUUGUUUACUGUAGUCUUCAUGAGGUUGGGAAAAAAUUGAACAAACAAGAGAAGUUUGGUGCUAUGGAAAGUGUGAAAGCUGCUAGUGAACUUUAUUCUCCUCUACCAGGAGAAAUAACAGAAAUUAAUGAAGCUCUUGCAGAAAAUCCAGGACUAGUCAACAAAUCUUGUUAUGAAGAUGGUUGGUUGAUCAAGAUGACAGAGUAA